UUUAGUUUACAGCCGUUACUCCUUUUACUAUCAGACUUUCUACAUGGCCUAUUUCCCUCCUGUUUAUAAGCUCCCUUUAAGUAGCAGAAGGCUGUAAUGAUGUCUUUCCCACAGCCCUCUCUGCCCUGAACAAGCCCAGCUCCCCCAGCCUGCCUCCAUCGCUCCAGCUCCCUGAGCAGAAUCGUGCCCUCCUCUGAACCCGCUCCAGCAGCUCCUCGUGCUGGGGUCCUGGACGCAGUACUGCAGGUGGGCCGUCACCGCGUUAGUUCUUCCACUUUUCCCCGCCUCAGGAGCACGCUUUUAAUUACGCGCGAUGGCGCCGCGCAGCCACGACAGGGCGCCGCUCCGCGCGGCCGGAACCGCUCGGCGCGGGGCGGGGCCGCGCGUGCGCCGUGCGAGCGGCAGCAUGGCGGCGGCCGAGGCGUGGGGCGCGGCGCGGUACUUCACGCGCUGGUACAAGGCAGACGUGAAGGGGCGGCCGUGCGAGGACUUCUGCGUGCUGCAGCACUCCAACAGAAUCUGCGUCAUCACGUUGGCAGAAGCCCACCCUCUUCUUCAGCAUGGAAGAACAAUUACAAGCAUUAAUUACCAAAUCAGUCCCAACUGUAGCAGGCUUCAGAAUAAAGUGUCUGGGAAGUCCAAAAGGGGAGCUCAGUUUUUAACAGAACUUGCCCCACUCUGCAGGAUAUCCUCAUCAGAUGGUGAAGAAUAUACCAUUUACAGUUGUAUACGAGGGCGACUGAUAGAAGUGAAUGAAAACAUUCUUAGCAAUCCCGCACUUCUGCAAGAAAAGCCAUCAACUGAGGGAUACAUUGCAGUGGUUCUACCCAAAUUUGAAGAGAGCAAGAGCAUAACUCAUGGGCUUCUGACACCAGAAGAAUACAAGGAAGUUUUACUGAAACGUCAGAAUUCUUCUUCAGGAAGUUAAUUAUACAGGCAGCAGCUGUGUUUGAUGCUAAAUAAGCUGCUUUUACAUUGUAACUUUCAUGGCAUUGAAAGGUUUGUGUGUCUACUUGUAAAAGUAGAACUUUGACAUAUUUGUUUUAUUCUUGUAUGAAACAGGCAAAAUAGUUUGUAGUUUGUAUAUUAAAAUCUGAUUUCUCCCACAGUUGUAGUACUACACAUUUUUUACAUAAGCACAGAUCAAUUUUGGAGAGUGUUUGUGUUCCAGGGAUCUCUUUGCUCCUGGCUCAAUGCAAACGUAAUGCAUGGAGAAAAAGCACAAUUGAGCUGUUGGGUAAUUUGGCCCCAUGUUGUAUUAGUUGUACUAUUGACAAAGGUGAAUUGAAAAUAAAAUGCAAUAGGAGCUUGCCUAUGAUGAGCAGAUAACCUUGAAAACAAGCAUUUCACACCAGAUUACGUUUCCUAGCAUCCUGAAGUCAAAUAAUGCCCUUUUUACAGAGGUUUCUCAUAAUCAGUAUCUAUUUACUUCAGUUUUAAAUGCUGCAAUGUAGAGUCUACAUGUGAUACUUCAGUGAUUCUACAUGCAAUUCAAAUUCUGUUCAAUAAAGUUUAAUCAUAAAGGAAGUAAUAACUGCCAUCUACAGAAAGAGACAGUGAAAGAAAAAGGGUUUCAAUCAAGAGUCUUAAUCACUUAGAAGUACACUUUGGAAAUAUGAAUAAUGUCAACAAAACUAAGAUUCAGUGUCAAGCUCUCCCAAGA